UCUUGUUAAGGCUUAGGACAUGAGUCCUCAUUGGUCAGUCAAUGCUGGCGUUGUCUGAAUGAAAAAAAAACUGCUGGUACAAAUACAAGGUCAACACACUGCCUCAUCAAUUGGGACGAGCGUUGACACCUUCAGGGAAGACGUGUCUUUUGACAAGCUUUGAGAAUGGCCAUCACCAAGGAUUCCUUUCUAAGGCUUCUCUGUGCCGUGUGCCUGUUCGGGACAGUCAUGAACCAGGACAUGGCUUACGAGGAAAUGAUAGCCCAGAUCCAAGCGUGCCCCCGAGAGUGCCGUUGUCCCUCCAAUUUCCCCCGCGCAGUCUACUGUGACAACAAAGGUCUGAAGAGCAUCCCCCGAAUCCCUCCGUUCACCUGGUACCUCUACCUGCAGAACAACCAAAUUCAAGUGGUCUCUGCAGACGCCCUGCGCAACGCUACCCAGCUGCGUUGGGUGAACCUGAGUCGAAACAAAAUCACCAGUGAAGGAGUAGAAAAAGGCACGCUGGACGCAAUGACACGCCUGGAACACCUCUACAUGGAUGACAACCUAUUGUCCUGGGUGCCGUUUCCUCUCCCGGCCAGUUUGGAGCACCUAAGUCUCUCCCGCAAUCGGAUCUCCAAGAUCCCUGACGGAGUCUUCUUCGGCCUGGAUAAGCUGACCCUCUUAGACCUGCAGGGGAAUAAGCUGAUGGAUGAUGCCGUGACCGAAGUGAGCCUGAAGGGUCUUAACAACCUGGUGCAGAUCAACCUUGCCAAGAACCAGCUGAGCAACAUGCCACUCGGCCUGCCGCCAACCACCACGCAGCUUUUCCUCGACGGCAACAACAUCGACAAAAUCCCCACAGGGUACUUUAAAGGCUUGCCCAAGAUGGCUUUCCUUAGGCUCAACCACAACAAGCUUGGCAGCAGCGGAGUUCCUAACAACGUGUUCAACAUCUCCAGCAUACUGGACCUCCAGCUGUCCCACAACCUGCUCACUGAGGUGCCCCUGAUCCCACCAGGCCUUGAGCAGCUUUACCUGGACCACAACAACAUCAAGAGUGUGAGUGGCUCAAAUGUCUGCCCUGUGGACAUCGAAGCAGCUGAUGCUAACGAUAGCGCUCCACGACUGCGCUACCUCCGACUGGAUGGCAACGAUAUCGAACCACCGAUUCCCAGAGAUGUUAUUCUGUGCUUUCGUCUCCUUAGGUCCAUCGUUAUCUAAUUGAAGAAGCAAGGUCUAUCACUAAUAACGGUCUGGGAGCCGUGACGACUCAAAGACUACUUUUAAUUGUCAGGAACUGUCAUGAAAUCAAGCAGUUUAACAGACCACUAGUUGUGCCUUCAAUGUACACAUCUAUUGAUCAUUUAGAUAAUGACAAGGAAAGACCUUGUUUUAGACCUUAGCUUGUUUUCUAUUACUUUAAGAGGCAUGGAAUGUCUAAAAAAUUACAUUCACUAUUAGUUUCUUUUUGUACCCCUUGUUCAUGUUCGGAUUCUGGUCUUUGCAUAUUUGAAAAAAUAAGAUUUUGCUAUGUUUUCUGCAGUUUUAAUAAAGUACAAAUGCAGGAUGUCCUGUAUAUCCGCAAUAUA